AUGGGUAUGACAAGCGGAGAAAGGUCUGCGCUCUGGAGGAAGAGACAACGGGAAAAUCCUAACUUGCAUCAACAAUAUAAAGAAAAAGAAAAUGAGCGCUACUUAAAAAGAAAAGAAAGCGGCCAUAUUAAAUCUGUUAAAGAUAUGAAUGCGAGGGAGAAAAGGAAAACUAGGCGCAAUUGCAAAUAUGGAAAAGAAAUACAAUCAAUGCAUUUUGGGGCGUCACAGCGCCAGAUAUCGAUCCAUACAGGCGUCGCAUAUUUGCAAGGGACUGCAACAGCCUUUAGUACUAUAUCAGACUGCCUGAAACAUUCCCCGCCUGCCAUAUGGGCACAUUUGAAUCCAGUGUUACAACACAUGAAAACAAAAUCGUCAGUUGACUCUGUGCAUUUCGUAAGCGAUGGCCCAACCACUCAGUAUCGAUCUAGGUCGAACUUCUUUCUUUUUUCGAUUGAAAUAAUCGACAUGGGAUUUAAAUAUAGCACGUGGAACUUUCUAGAAGCUGGUCACGGUAAGGGGGCCCCUGACGGCGUAGGGGCAACAAUUAAACGCCAUGCUGACCAGCUCGUCAAUAGUAAAGGAAUGGACGUCAUGUGCGCUGCGGACCUUAUGGAUGGCCUGAAAGAUACUACAUCGAAACUAAUGUUCGAGAUAAAGGAAGAGGCAGUGGCAAACUACGAAAGGCAAAUCGCCAAUGUGACAAUACCAGCAGUGCCUGAAACUAUGAAAAUGCACCAGGCUACGGUUGUCAAUAGAGGGCUGAUAAGUUCCAGACCACUGAGCUGCUUCUGCUUCAAAGACUGCGAAUGCUACUCGCCAGUUCUGACUUGUAUGAGCAAGAACGUGUCUCAUGAGAAUCCUGGGGGCUCCAGCGGUGGCAGUUCUGCCGAUGUUGUUGCCGACGAUUUCAUCCAGAGUACGAACGAUCCGUUCCGGCCACUAGUAUUGAGUGAUUCGCUGAUUGGUUCCUACUGUGUGGUUGAUUAUGAGGGGCUUCCAUAUCCAGGCCUCAUUAUGGAUGUCGACGAAGACACAGUAGAGGUCACGGCCAUGUGUAGAAUAGGUCCUAAUCGUUUCUUUUGGCCACUCGUCGAAGACCGCCUGUGGUACGGCAAGGAAAAGCUUAUAACCCUACUUGAAGAGGAACCGGCAUUGGUCACAAAGCGACACCGCCACAUUGACUCUUGUAUGUGGAAACGCAUCCUCGAGAAAAUGGGGCUUGAUGAAGCGGGAAAGAAGGCUUUAUAACGUGUUAUCCCAUUGGUUGAACUGUAAACUAGUUAUUAAUUUGCUGUUCUAUUCAUGUUUUGAUUGUUUUAAUGCAAUAUUUGUCACACAAUGACUUACU